AUGGACAAACCAACAGUCACGGUUUGCAAACAACUUGAUGUACAUCAAGAAAAACUACAUGAAGGUACUUCACAUUCCAAACUACUACCUCAAAGACCCGAACAACAAGAAGAAGAAACUGCUUUACUCACGGAAGAAAAACAUUUAAUUCAUAUGAAGGACGAUUUAUGGAGGCGUAGAUGUCUAUCAAUUGGUUGCGGAAGACAAAUGGAAAAACUGUCUCCUGUGUCAUCAUAUAUACCAGAUCGUAUUCGUAAACGUCGAAUUCAACGACAACUAAAAAGUAAUACAUCUAGAUUAAAUUUUAUUAGACAAAUUAGACAGUUGCCAAGACAAAACACAACCACCAAUUUAUUCGAAUUCCAAUUCUUUAAUGGAACUGAUUUCUAUUAA